UCCAUAUAAAAUGCUUGUGAACUUUGUGCUUUGUGCUCACACGAACGCCUUGGCAUAUAUGGAUUUGUACCCAUUAGCGGCAGCGCAGUUAGUGAAUCGCACAAUCGUUACUGCAAACAACAAAAAUUGUUAGCUUACAACUCGACAAGUCGCAUUGUUAAAAGUUAGUGAAUCGCACUACAGAUCGCUAUUAGUUGAGUAUAACUCGUUUAGUACUUUAUUGGCUGACUUCAUGUUUUAUAGUCUUCGCUAUGCUUGGCAUGCUGUCACCUUCUUCCCGAGGAGCUUUAAUGACAUCAGGAAUUUUUAUGUACGUCUUCAUGGGUACUAUUGCUGGUUAUUUUGCGGCCCGUCUUUAUAAAACUAUGAAAGGGCGAGAGUGGAAACGUUCGGCCUUCUUAACAGCAACGUUAUAUCCCGGCAUUGUUUUUGGGACCGGUUUUAUACUUAAUUUCUUUAUAUGGGAUAAACAUUCUAGUGGAGCUGUCCCGUUCACAACAAUGAUUUCUUUGCUGCUUUUAUGGUUUGGUAUUUCAGUUCCACUGGUUUAUUUAGGCUAUUACUUCGGCUAUCGUAAGCAACCAUAUCAACAUCCAGUUCGCACUAAUAUGAUCCCAAGACAAGUGCCGACACAGCAUUGGUACAUGAAUAUUGUGCUUAGUACACUAAUGGCUGGGAUAUUGCCGUUCGGAGCGGUUUUCAUAGAACUAUUUUUCGUCUUCACGGCUAUAUGGCAGAAUCAAUUCUAUUACUUAUUUGGUUUUCUAUUUCUUGUAUUUUGUAUCUUGGUUGUAAGCUGUGGUCAGAUAUCGAUCGUCAUGACAUAUUUCCAACUUUGUGGAGAGGACUACCGCUGGUGGUGGCGCAGCUUUAUUGUCUCAGGAGGUUCAGCUUUAUAUGUGCUUUUCUAUAGCAUAUUCUACUUCUUUACAAAAUUGGAAAUCACAGAAUUCAUUCCUACACUAUUAUAUUUAAGCUAUACAGGCAUUAUGGUAUUAACAUUUUGGCUAUUAACGGGAACCAUCGGAUUUUUUUCCGCGUAUAGCUUUAUUCGCAAAAUAUACGGAGCUGUUAAAAUAGAUUAAUUUUUAACUGCCUACAUUAUUCACAUAAUACAUUGAGGUUGUGUACACUUGCUUGGUUAUCAGGUUAUCUGGUUAAAAAUUAUUAUUGUGUAGUGUAUUUUAUAACCACAUAUCCUGAUAACCAGGCAAGUGUGAACAACUUCAUUGUUUUUCUUCAUUUUAAUCCAAACUAUAAUUUCAUAAUUUUAUAUGUUGCUUAAAUUUAUUGCCUGUUGUUACACUAGGAGACUGUGAGCUGCAUAUCUUUCAUAGAUUUAUUCUACUAGGCAGUGAUUGAAGAAGUCAUUGAGCUGAUUUAAUUAAAUUGUUUCUUUUUGUCAGUUGUAUACUUAUUUCUCAAUUAAUAUAUAUUUUAGUAACUUA